AUGGCAGAUCAGGAGAUCCCGAAGAAAAUGCUCGCCUGCCAGGUUUUACAGAGCAUCGGACCACACGAUCUUCUACUGAAGACUGCAGUCGCCUCAUUAUGUCACACGGAUUCUAUGGUCCAAGAAGGCACGAUGGCAGGAACAACCCUGCCUAUUACGGCCUCUCACGAAGGUGUAGGCACGGUUGUUGCAAAGGGUGAGGCCGUGACCAAGUUUGCAUUACGCGAUCGCGUUCUUGCUGGAAUCCCUUUCCAUCAGUGUUGGCAGUGUGAAGACUGCAAUAGCGAACACCCCCAAUACUGCUCGUAUCGUACUGGUGGCAUUGGGCUUCAGGUCGAUGGUGCUUUUGCUGAGUACAUCCUGAUUGACUCACGGAGCGCGUCGCUUGUCCCAGAUGCCUUACACUUUACAGACGCAGCGCCCUUGGCUUGUGCUGGUAUCACCGUGUGGCGCGCACUGCUACGAACUGAACUGAAGGCUGGAGAUUGGUUAGGCAUCGUUGGAUCUGGAGGAGGUCUGGGUCACUUAGCCGUUCAGUUUGCAAAGGCCAAGGGGCUGCGAGUAGUCGGGCUAGAUGCUCGUGAUGAAGGGAUCAGUCUAUCGAGAGAAUCUGGAGCAGAAGUUGUUGUUGAUGUGCGAAGUGGGCCCGACUCUGCCGUAAAGCAAGUUUGGAAAGCUACUCAAAACAAAGGCGUAUCUGCCACCAUUAACCUGAGCGAUGCCGCCUCGGCAGCCGCCCUCGCAUGUGCUGUGACUAGGAAGCACGGUCGAAUGGUACAGGUUGCUCAGCCCAUUGAGGUAAAUAUUCCACAUCGCGAACUCAUCUUUCGGGAUAUCUGUGUGGUUGGCUCGUUGACGGCGUCUCCGAAGCAAACACAAGAGAUGCUGGAAUUCGCAGUACAGUAUGGAUUAGAGGUUAAAACCAAUGUCUAUCACGGCUUGCGAGAGAUACCAACCAUGGUCAAAGACGCGCAUUCAGGGUUAAUGAAGGCCGGUACCAUGGAUAACAAGAAGGAAAUCAGCAUGGUUGAGGACGCCGAUCUAAACGGCGAAUCCAUCCCACAGCUAGACGAGGCCGAAUUCAAGAAAAUACUGCGUCGUAUCGAUCUUCGACUGAUUCCACUUCUCUCAGUUCUCUACCUCCUUUCUUUCCUCGACCGAGGCAAUGUGGGAAACGCCAAUGUUGCUGGCUUGAGCAAAGAUUUACAUCUCACCGGAACGCAAUACAACAUCGCUUUGACAAUGUUUUUCAUUCCGUAUGGCCUCUUCGAAGUUCCUAGCAAUAUACUUCUCAAGAUUUUGAAGCCACGCGUGUGGAUCCCUAUUAUAAUGCUAUCUUGGGGGACGAUUAUGACUUUGAUGGGGAUUGUUCAAAGCUACGCUGGCCUUGUGGUAGCCAGAGUUUUCCUUGGUAUUGCAGAGUUACGAAUGGGCUACUUUUAUGGGGCUGGUGCCCUGUCUGGUGCUUUCUCUGGUCUUCUUGCCUUUGCCAUUGAGAAAAUGGAUGGGGUUGGUGGGCUUGCAGGAUGGCGGUGGAUAUUCAUUAUUGAAGGACUGCUUACGGUAGUCGUUGCUGUUGCCACCCCCUUUCUUUUACCCAACGAUCCCAUGAGUUGCAACUUCCUCAAUGAUACGGAGAAAAAACAUGUUGUGAAUCGCCUUCGGGAAUUCCAGCAAGCCCAACACGACGGUGAAAGUGAUCCAUUUAAAUGGGAAUACUUUUGGCAAGCCUUUACAGAUUGGAAAAUCUGGAUGUCAAUACUGGUUUAUUGGGGGAAUGCUAUGCCAAUUUACGGAUGGCUCACAAUGUUUGGCUUUGCCUCUCACAGCUUUAUUUAUACCCUACCAGUCGUCAUUGACGAGCUAGGCUACUCGGCCACCAACGCGCAACUCCUCACCAUUCCUGUGUACAUUGCAGCCGUCAUAGCUACCGUGACGUCGGCGUAUUUUUCUGAUCGCCUCAAGACUCGAUCUCCCUUUAUCAUCAUUCCACAGCUGUUCGGCGCGCUCGGCUUGGUCAUUGUGAUGGCCAUACCAAAAGAAAGGUAUCCGGGCGCGGUGUAUGGAGCAUUGUUUAUCGUAGCUAUCGGGUUAUAUACAACAAUUACGGGCGUUGUAUCGUGGAACGCGAAUAACUUGGCGGGAACGUGGAAGCGUAAUAUUGGACUGGGCCUACAGAUCAGUAUCGGCAACUUAGGCGGCGCAGUGGGAACAAAUAUUUACCUCAAGCAGCAGGCACCCAACUAUUGGUUGGGAUUUGGCUUUUCCCUUGGUAUCCUCUUGGUCGCUAGUUCGGCUGGUAUGGUCAUGCGUGUUGCUUUGCAACGUAUCAACAAGAAGCGUGAGAGUAUGAGUCGCGAGGAGAUUCUUGAAAAAUAUACGCCCGAAGAGUUGGAUCGAAUGGGCGACAAGAGUCCUCUCUUCAUCUAUACUCUUUGA